AUGCUUUCAAUCACUCGAAUGGGACCGCAGUGUCGCGACACUGAUUUAAAUUGCGAAAACUUGUUUAUUUGUAACAUAGAUGCAAUGAAGAUCCGCUUUCUGUACCGAUGCGGAUUGUAUUUCAUCAUAUCCAUGCUAAUAAGCCCCUACUACGACGGAUGGUCGUCGACGGCGAAGUACUUGAUCAGCGAAGGAGUGUUCUCGAAGUACUGCUGCAACAAUAUAGAGUGCUCUAGGCUCUCGGGCCUGGGACCGGUCUGCGACGAUCAGGCGUUUAACGUGGGCAAGCUCCUGUCGUUCUACAGGAUCUCGGAGUUCCUGUCGAGCAUCUUCACGGGCUUCUUCAUGGACAACUGCGGGCCGAAGCUGACGAUCGUCCUCGCAAUGGCGCUGAGGAUGCUCUCGUGGCUGCUGAUCCCGCUAUUCCCGAACACGACGGGAGUGGUCAUCUUUUCGUGCAUACUCUGCGGAAUAGCAUCCAACGGAGUGGCGUUCCCAGUCUUCACGAUCGCACAAUACACAAAACGCUACUAUAACCCUGCGAUGAUCUCGAUUUCGAUCUCGCUCUGCUUCGGGACCUUUUACAUGUACAUCCUAAACUUUAUAAAGGACAGGCUGCCGCCGUUUAAGCCGAUCUGGGUCAUCGUGGUGAUGCUGGCGCUGACGCACGUGCCGCUGCUGGUCCUGGCAGCCUUCAUCUUCCCGAACUCGCUGCAGAAGGACGUGAAGCUGAACGCGCCUGAAGCCUCGAGGCUGAGCAGAGAAAAGGGAGAGGCGCUCGAAGACAUAGCCAUUUCAAACUCUUCGGCGAGCCAAGGGAGCAUUUACGCGCACAAGUACGUGUCGGACCACAAGAUCACGUCCAUCGAGGUCGAUAUGAACUCGACGGCCACGCUGGUGUACACUAAGGUGGACAACACGAGGAAGCACCUAAGGUUGGAGGACACGGAAGACGUGCACUCCGAGGACAGCGAGGACUACGAGCCGGACGGAGGCCUGCUGCCACGCACAGGGUCGAACUAUGUGGGCAGCCGCUUCGCCGACAUGGACAGCGCGCACAUGUCGACGUACAGAGAGAGCGUGCCCCCGACGAGCUCGGGCCUUUCGGAGACGAACCAAAACGAGGACCCGGGGCCUGGCCCGUACGAGGAACGGGAGCUCGCGGCCCAGGACCCGAGGGGACUGGAGGGCGCUGAGGAAAAGUGGCACUUCUGGGAGUUCUGGGCGAUUCUGCGCAGGUUCGACAUCCUGACGAUCUCAGUAGCCUCGAUGGUCGGAGUCAUCUCGCUGACGUUCGCACAGGAGUCGUUCCCGAUCGCGUACGGCAAGGACAAGGUGGCGCUGAACGUGAACGAGAUACUGAUUCCAAUCUCGUUCGUCUUCUCCCUCGGCUCAGUCUUCCUGCUCGACAAGAUCGGCCCCGUGCCCAUCAUCGUGGGAAUGAACAUAGCCAGCUGCGUCCUGCACCUGACGAUGAUGUUCGUCGACAGGGUCCUGUCGAUCUUCACGAGCAUCCUGAUGUCGCUGGGCUACAGCCUUUUCAUGACGCAGUACUACCUGUACCUCGACAACCAGGUGCCGCUCAAGUACCAGGGGAGCAUCAAGGGGUUCCUGGUGACGUCGAUCGGGUUCGUCCUGUUCAUCAACAUCGGCCUGAAUUACCUGUCAAAGACCUACUUCUACACGAGGGAGAUACACCUAGCGUUGCUGAUUUUAAGAGUCUUGGUCACGAUACCGCUGAUCAAAUUCCUCAGACACACCAGGAGGAGAUCGAGUGCUCAAGAACUCAUGGUGUAA